AUGCCGGCCUUGACGACCGCGGAAAGCGCCGCCGCCGAACCACCUCUGGCGGACAGCUACCUCGACCUGCUCCGCCGCGGCGGCGGCGGCAUUGCGCCGCCGACGACCGAGGGCUGCUGCGUGCAGGAGCGCGAGCUGCCCUUGAUCGACCUCUCGUGCCUCACGAGCGGCGGCAGCAGCGCGAGGGAGAGGGAGGCGCGUCGGGUGUGCGCGGACGCCAUGGCUCGGGCGGCCUCGGAGUGGGGCAUCUUCCAGGUGACCGGGCACGGCGUGAGCCGGGCGCUCCUGGAGCGGCUGCGGGCGGAGCAGGCGCGGCUGUUCCGGCUGCCGUUCGAAACCAAGGCCAAGGCCGGGCUGCUCAACGGCUCCUACCGCUGGGGCGCCCCCACGGCGACGUCGCUCCGCCACCUCUCGUGGUCCGAGGCCUUCCACGUCCCGCUCGCCAGCAUCUCCGGUACUGCCUCCUGCGACUUCGGAGACCUCAGCUCCCUCAGGAGCGCGAUGCAGGAGGUAGCAGAUGCGAUGUCGCGGGUGGCCAAGACCGUGGCGGUGGCGCUGGCGGGGAGCCUGCUGCUGCAGGGCCACCGCGACCACGACCACGAGGCGGCGGCCACGGCAGCGUCGUUCCCGCCGGGCUGCGACGAGACCACCUGCUACCUGCGGCUGAAUCGGUACCCAGCGUGCCCGUUCGCGGCGGACACCUUCGGGCUGGUGCCCCACACCGACAGCGACUUCCUCACGGUGCUGUGCCAGGACCACGUCGGGGGCCUCCAGCUCCUCAAGGACGCCCGCUGGGUGGCCGUCAAGCCCCGCCCGGACGUGCUCAUCGUCAAUAUCGGCGAUCUGUUUCAGGCGUGGAGCAACAACCGGUACAAGAGCGUGGAGCACAAGGUGGUGGCCAACGCCACGGCGGAGCGCUUCUCGGCGGCCUACUUCCUGUGCCCGUCGUACGACUCGCCCGUCGGCACGUGCGGCGAGCCGUCGCCGUACAGAGACUUCACCUUCGGGGAGUACAGGAGGAAGGUGCAGGAGGACGUCAAGAGGACCGGCAGAAAGAUUGGGCUCCCCAGCUUCCUCAAACAACAGCCACACUCGAUGACGACGGCCCGCUUAGACCACAAGUCAAAAGCACCUGUUGCCAUUUUGCCGUAA